AUGAGCUACGAUCGUGCCAUCACAGUGUUCUCACCUGAUGGCCACUUAUUCCAGGUGGAUUAUGCACAGGAGGCGGUCAAAAAAGGUUCAACGGCUGUAAGUAAGCCUAUCAUUUAUAUCAAUGUUGAUUGAGGUCAAAACAAUGGGUCAAGCACUGUGCCGAUGCUAAAUGUAACCUAUCAGGACGGGCGCAACUAUAUCACUUGGGCCUAAUUCAUUUACAGGUUGGAGUACGAGGAAAAAACGUUGUUGUUCUAGGAGUGGAGAAGAAAACUGUGGCCAAGCUCCAAGAUGACAGAACAGUGCGCAAAAUCUGCGCCUUGGACGAUAACGUCUUCAUGGCCUUUGCAGGUAAUUUAGGACAUGACCAAUAAGGCAAUAAGACCAACAUAGGACCAAUAAGGCACAGUACACACCCAAGCCACAGAUGGUAUGAAGUGGUUGAUUGCAAGUAUGUAAUUAGCUUACCAUUUGAAUGGUAUAAUUUAUGUCAUCAACAUUUGUUGAUGUAGGCCUACUUUGAAUGAUACAUUACAUUUUACUGCUGAAAUCGAGCAAUUUGAUUGUUUGUUCACCUUGUUGGGUGAGGUGUUUAAUUGGUGUAACAUACUUUAUCUCCUUAUCCCAUGGCCUGCAGGGUUGACAGCAGAUGCCAGGAUAGUUGUUAACAGGGCUAGGGUGGAGUGUCAGAGUCACAGGCUUACAGUGGAAGACCCUGUGACUGUGGAGUACAUCACACGCUUCAUCUCCAGCAUCAAACAGGUACCACACACACACACACACACACUACAGUACAAUACACGUGCAGAUAUAUCAUUUCUACAUAUUCCCACUUUCAGCGCUACACGCAAAGCAAUGGGCGAAGGCCCUUUGGCAUCUCCUCCCUUCUUGUGGGGUUUGAUUUUGAUGGAACACCCCAUCUGUACCAAACUGACCCUUCAGGAACAUAUCAUGCCUGGAAGGUAGGGGUGUAAUUCUGACCCAUACAUCUGAAUCAUUAAAAGGUGCUUUGACAUGUUUGUCAUCACCCCAAUGAAUUACCUAAUGUACCUCAAGUUGGAAUGUGAUCAAAUAUGAGCAUAAUAUGAAAACCUAAAUGUGGUUGUGUACAUAGGCAAAUGCCAUUGGAAGAUCUGCCAAGACUGUACGUGAGUUUCUAGAGAAGAACUAUAAAGAGGAGGAUAUGGAGUCCGAUACAGACACCAUUAAACUGGCCGUCAGAGCGCUACUUGAGGUGAGGCUUAUGCCGGUCUAGAUCCAACCUUUUGAUUGGCAGCAACGAUAUUGCAUGAGCACCUGCUAUUAAUGGUUGAAAUCUCAGAUAUUCUUGUCACAAGGUUUGCUCCAUGUGUUCACAGGUUGUCCAGUCAGGGGGAAAGAACAUUGAGCUGGCCAUUAUGAAGCGGGAUGAAUCAAUGAAGGUUUGAAAUCAUGACACCUCCGCAAAUCCGUCAGAGGAUCUCACCUGUGUAAUGAUGCAACUUAAAUGCUCCCCUAACAACCUCUUUUCUACUGUAAAUAGAUUCUGGUCCAAGAGGAAAUUGAGGAAUAUGUCACGGCUAUUGAAAAGGAAAAGGAGGAAGCAGAGAAACAAAAGAAGAAAACAUGA